AUGACGGGUAAAGUUUACACAACAUUGUGCACGCGAGCGCGGGCGCGCGGUCUUACCAGUUUCAUAAAUACGCGACCGCAGUUCGAGCGUGAAACGCCCCACCAUAGACCUGCCCACUCAAGGGCACUAUCAGCGAGCCCACGGACGAUAAACACUCACCUUUUUAACCUGGAAGUGGUCGGGGCGCAGCGUCUCCUGGAUCUCUUGUUCGACCCCGCGCGGCGCAGCUUGCAUCGAGCUGCGGAACCCGUCCAGGACGCCUUUGAAAGUAAACUUCUUCAUCGCGAACCGCGUAGCCGUCGCGGAUCCUUUGUCCGAUCGCCGGCCGCGGCUACAUCACAGCCGUCCGCGGCGGACAGCGAGCCGGUUUUGGCAGAACGAGCGCGAGCUCGCGUCGCCGUCAGUGCGCAGCCCGGCGCCUCCGCCGCCACGCGCGCGCCACGCCGCGAUCGACGGCAACCGAGGCACCGCCUCCGGAAUGUACGGCAAUGCGGUCUCGCCCGCGAUCGAUACCUGCCACACUGCGACACACGCGCACUCCGCACCACACGCGCUCUUCCAGAGACGCUCGCCAACUGGCCAGAAAGAGCGCGAUACGUUCGAUCGAUGCUAUCACACGUGCCACUGAAAGAGAUGAGCGCACAUUACGCACGAAAGUUUAAGCCGCGCCUUGCGAAGGAAAUUACAGCUGAUAUACGGUCCAAAUCGCUGCUCACAGGUGGCGCUCCACGAAAAACAUCAUUUACGCAAUUUGUCAUCAACUGUCAACUGUCAGUGUCAAAUGUCAGUGCAUAA